UAGCAGACCCGCAGGUUAGCGCAGUCCAACCCUCACGCCGCUAAACAAGGCCCGGGGAUAGGCCGCCGGUUGGUCCGGUCGUCUAAACAUCGGUCAGCCUCAGGGACGAAUUGCAAGGGAAUCCUAUCUACCAGUCAACAAUACAUAGACAUGAGCCCGCAUAUUGGUUUCAGGGUCCAUCGGAACUCCUGCCUGCUCUAGGCUUAAAUAUGACGAGAACGAAUCCCCCUUGAGAAUCUCGUCAUGUCAUUUCCCUGCAUCCUUCCACAAUGGGAGCCCAAUUCUCUCAGUUCUUCCCCCCUCGGCCGACCUUCACGCCCGAUGAGUUCCCCCGGCAACCUGGCAAGGUCGUCCUGAUCACCGGCGGUGCAUCAGGCAUUGGCUUCGAGCUAGCCAAGAUGCUUUACCGCAAAGGCGCCAAAGUCUACAUAGGGGGGCGCUCGGAGGCUAAGGCCCAAGCUGCCAUACAAGCCAUCCAGCAAGCCGUGCCCCAGACCGAGGGUGAAAUCAGCCCCGGUACUCUGGAGUUUCUUCCACUACAUCUCGACGACCUCACCACCAUCAAGGCCACAGCGGACGCCUUCCGAACGAAAGAAUCCAAGCUGGAUCUGCUAUUCAACAACGCAGGCGUCUCCCAGCCCCCGGUGGGCAGUGUCUCCAAGCAGGGCAUCGAGCUUCAACUCGCAACCAACUGCCUAGGUCCCUUCCUACUUACCCAACUUCUAACCCCCCUACUCGAGGCCGCAGCGGCAUCAGAUCCCUCUCCUACCGGUUCCGCCCGCGUCAUCUGGACAAGCAGUCAAGUCGCCGAGCUCUCCGCACCCCCCGAGGGAAUCAUCAUGUCAGAGCUGACGAACCCACCCCAGGACGUGGUCCGCAACUAUGUCACCUCCAAGCUAGGGAACUGGUUUCUGGCCGUGGAAAUGGCCCGACGGUACGGCGCACAGGGGAUUGUUAGCGUCGCGCAGAACCCAGGCGCCGCUAACACGAAUCUUCUCCGGAACGCGCGCUGGAUGAAGAUUCUCUCCUGGCCGCUACUGCAUAGUCCAUCUUUGGCUGCUCACACGGUGCUCUACGCCGGGUUGUCUCCGGAUCUGGGCCUCGAAAACAACGGCGCCUAUGUCAUUCCCUGGGGGCGGAUUCAUCAGACGGUAGCGCCGAACUUGCUGAACGCGAUGAAGACGCAGGAAGACGGGGGAACGGGACGCGCAAAGGAGUUCUGGGAGUUUUGUGAGGAGCGCACAAGGGACUAUUUGUAGUGAUGUGGGAAUCCUACUUGUU